AUGUCAGAAGAUUACUUGCAGGCGGCGCGUCGACAGGAAGGGAAUGAGGCGCGAACAUUUUCUCAGAUGGAGUUCGAUCAGUGCCUUUGCGCCAUCCAGACACACCUUCUCACCAUGUGCGGUAGAACCUUGGUAAGUGCAGGCCUUCCAGACCCAUCACAGGCAAGUUCAACUCUGUCCGACCAGCCUCUUGCAAGGGAGACCAACUACGACCGUGCCGCGUUGCUUGAGCAAGUACGACAACAAGAACCGACACUAACCGACGAUCAACGUUCGGCGUAUGACGCAAUUUGUGACCAGGUACAGGCAAGUGACGGUGGGUUGAUUUUCCUCGACGCACCCGGUGGUACAGGUAAGACGUACGUCACAAACGUACUUCUUGCAAAGGUUAGAUCAGGUGGACACGUUGCCUUGGCUGUUGCCUCUUCCGGAAUAACAGCCACAAUCUUGGCUGGUGGUCUGACUGCUCACUCCACGUUCGCUUUGCCCUUAGAUCUGCACCGCCUUGAGGAGCCAACCUGCUCGAUCGCCAAAGAUUCUGAGAAAGCAGCGCUCCUUCGUGAGGCUGUGCUGAUCGUGUGGGACGAAUGCACGAUGUCAUACAAGCAUGCUUUCGAGGCUGUCGACAGGACUUUGCGAGACCUGCGCAGCUCUAAUUCCUUGAUGGGUGGUGUGACGGUUGUGAUGUCCGGUGACUUUCGCCAAACGUUGCCUAUUGUUCCUAGAGGCACUUCUGCUGAUGAGAUCAAUGCCUGCAUCAAGUCUUCGGCAUUCUGGCGUUCCGUGGUGAAGUACACACUUACCACAAACAUGCGAGUUCUGCGUAGCAGUGAUACCAAUGCGGGUCAAUUCUCUGCGCAGCUCCUUAAAGUCGGCAACGGUGCAAUACCCGUUCUGCCUUCAGGCAAAAUUGCGGUUCCGAGUGAUCUCGCACAGAUUGCUGCUUCCCAAGAAGACAUUGUACGAAUAAUCUACCCUGAUGUCGCGGACAAUUUUUCGAUCCCACUUGGUUGA